AUGACUAUCAGAUCACUCCUCGUCGUGAGUCUCUAUGCCUUGGCCACAAUCACAGUGGUGGCGCACCCAGUCAAUACCAUCAAGUCUAUCAGGGCGAGGGCCAUUGCCGCAGGGCCGUCGAUCGACAUGUUCAAGCCGGACAACGACGGGGCCAAGAACAUUGCCGGUGUGGUGGGUGAUGUGACGGGUGUCAUCACCGGUAUUCCCAUGGGAACUGGUGCUGGUGCCGAAGCUGCGGGUGCCAUGCCUGGCGAUAUGUAUGGCGCGCCCUCCGAUGCGUACGACCUUCCUGAAGAUGCAUACGAUGCAUACGGCUAUCCUGAAGAUGUAUACGAUGAAUACGGCUAUCCUGAAGACGUGUACGACCUCCCUGCCGACGCAUACGACCUGCCGGCGGAUGCGUACGACCUACCUGACGGCGACGUUUAUUCCACCCCCACCAAUUACGACGAGGAACCCUCGAGGACGUCUCCGCAAUAUUCCAAAAUGACCAUCGGAUGUCGGGCGAAAGGGUGUGACAGUGUGGUCAAGGUCUACGACCUCGCCAUGCCGGUGCCGACGCACAGCUGUCCCCGGGAUGCGCUUGCCGCCCUAGCCAAAUGGCGGCUGUUCUGUGACAGACCUCCCAAGGUCUUCAACAAUCUGAUUCAGACGGAACCCAAUUGCUGGAGCCGCGCGCCUUCCAUCGACCGGUGCUGCGGCGAAUGGGUCGACCUCGACGAUCCGAAAUACAAAGACUAUCCGUCGCGGUACAUACCGAUGGAGAAGGGCUUUGCAGACGACACGUACGUGGCGUCCUGGAUACCCGAGAUGGGGGACCACGGGGACCGCCGCAUCAUCAAGCCAGGCUGGCACGAGUACAACGUGAAGACAGACAAGUGUCAGUUCUGGCGACCCGAGGACGAACUCGAAUUUGCGUACUUUAUCAACACGCUGCCAAACUAUGGGAUUUGGGACGUGGAUGAGACGGGCAAGAUCUGGGGCCAAACCGCAUGGAAUGCCGAGGGCGUGUCUCCGGGGUCGCUGAUACCAGGCUCUGACAGCGAAAUGGAUCUAUCCAAGGCUGUGGGAGGUUGA